CGUACCGGAAGUUCAUUAACAAUACCAAGUUCGUGAUGAUGCCGUCCCCACAGGAACCUUCAAACGCCGAAGCCCUGAUCCAAUUCAGGAAGCUCCCCCCCGAAACUCCAAUUUCGAGUAUACAGAUACCGGCGCCAAUAAAGGAACGAAAAAUGACAGACGUUGCGUUCAUCUUCACCUACAUCUUCUUCAUACUCACCUUGAUUGGUUGCGCAGUGUAUGCUUCGUUCGACAGUGACACACGCCGUGUAAAUCUUUACGACGAUUGCGGCAACUUGUGCGGCUACGAUAACCAGAAGGUCGAAGGUGUAAGCUGCACUGGUGUAGACAUGAGUGACCGGCCUUAUCUUGGAGAAUACAAAGAAAUCGACAACGAGACGAAAGUGACAUUUGAUAGAAGAGUAUGCGUUGAAAAUUGUGAUGAUGACACUGAAAUAGCGAGCUCCGAAUUGCACAGGUGCCAAAAGAAGUCCAAAGGAAUUGAUCAUGACUUCAAAAGGCUUUUGGUGCUGAUGGUCAAAAAUAUUUGGAGAUAUUUUUUUGUUAUUUUAAUAACACUUUUGAUCAAUGUAAUAUUUCUGUUGAUGUUUCGAUUUGCCCUUUUGAUAUUUAUAUAUUUACCAUUCGUUAUAUUUUUGGGAAUUUUCGGUGCUUCUGCUGUUUACUUUUUCAUGAUGAAUCAAAUAAUUUCUGGUGUCUUAUCCAUAUUAUUCUUUAUAAUUGUAGCUAUAACUUUCUUUGUGGUGUUUUUUCAGUUGCAUCUAGUGAAGUUGAUCUUCAAAGAGGCUGCAAAAGCGGUUUAUAGUGCUCCUCUUAUACUUCUUUGUAAUGUAAUCGUAUCCUUGCUUGGACUAGUUGUGUCAGCUGCCACAAUUUAUGUUAUGUUUAUAAUAUCAACAGCUGCAACAUUACAAAAAGUUGGUAUUGUGAAUGAUGUUGACUUGUACGAAUGGAAGCCUACAUUGGUUUCAAUACUCACAUUGUUUUUAUUAUUAUUGAAGUUACUUUGGACUUUUGAAAUCCUCGAUGCAUUCGGUAUCAUGUUCGUUGCUGGUACUGUAUCAUCGUGGUACUUCAGCAAAGAUAAGACCCGAAUGAAUAUUGCAGUAAUCAAAUCGAUCUACGUGUGUCUUAGAUUCCACAUAGGAACAGCAAUUUUUGGAGCAUUAAUUAUCGCCAUAAUACGAAUGCUCAGAAUGUUGACGCAAAAACUGAUGGAAUCAAGAAACAUGUUUCUGAGGUUUUGCGUCGAAUGCCUUUGCUCAUGCUUGGAGAACAUUAUUAGAUACUUCACGACACAGGCGUACAUUAUGACAAUGAUCCACGGUCGAGGUCUGUGGAAAUCAGGCAAAAGAGCUGCGUCGAUUAUCUCAGAAAACUUAAAUGCAGCUAUGUCCACAUUUUGUUUGGGCAAGUUCGUUGUAUACACAAACGCCAUGGCAGUAUGGGCUAUUACCGGACUGAUAUCCAUGUUUAUUUUUUGGGACUUUUACAAUGAUAUAUAUGUUUUUUCCUUUGCGAUCGUGUUAUGCAUUUUAAUUGCAGCUGAACUCACUAUAUACAUUUUCAAUGUGUAUUUGCUGGCCAUUGAAUCAAUAAUUUUAUGUUACUUUGAAGAUCUGAAAGUGAAUGAUGGGGCGUCCAGACCGUAUGCCAUGUCGCAGGAUUUAAAGGAGUUUGUCGAAAAGUCUAACUCUGCACGACCUUUUUCUGUAACGAACAUGUUCAGACGUGACCAGUAAAUGAAGAUAUUAUCUAAUUAUUGUAAUUAUAUAUAUACAAA